AACCAUCUCAGUUCGUCUUCAUGCUCGACACCAUACCUCCCUCAACCCCACUUCAUCCCUGCCACCCUCCACCAGUAACCACCACUUUUCUCAUGGACUGUCUUGUUACUUCCUUGCCAGACUCACGACCCAACACUACUAGAAACCUAACCUACAACGAUGGAAUCAGCGACAGAUUUUAUCUGUAGCUAAUUAGCGACGGUUUACUGAGAAAUCAUUGAUGGAAUGCAUAAAUAUUUCAAUCCAAAUAAUUAUAGAAGUUUAGAGAUGGAUCAACGACAGAUUGGUAUGAUUUUAUCGACAAAAAACAGUCCCUCGCUGAACCGUCGAAAAGUAAAACCUCUCAACGAGGGAAUAACGACGGAUUGCAAAAAAUUAGUGGCUUUUUUUCCUGGCCCUCGCUAAACCCUUGCAGAAAAUCUACGCCUUCCUUUUUUCAUUCCUGGCUUUUCUUCCUCUACUCGUUCCCUCGUUUUAUUUUCAUUCCCACCGAUUUAUUCCCAAAGUGACGAUUUCCUACCAAAUCCCUAUAUGACCGUCAAAUCUCUACUCUGUUUAGGAAAUCGCCUCCACCACAGUCAACCUGUAUCAUCCCUCUUUGAAGCCUCUCAAAGGAAAACCUGAUCUGAAAUCACAUCCUCGUUGGCUUUCUUCUCGGUUUGACUGCCUUCCUCGUUAACUCACAGCUUACUUCCAUGCCAAUGCCUUUCGAUCUGCUGAUUCACAACUACUCUAGACCGUACAACUGCUUAGCGGCAACAACGACGUCGAUCACCCGAUAAGAAAGCAGUGGUGGUUCUGUUGGCGGUAGCUGGAUCACAGUGGUGGUCAUCCCAUUCAAGCUCUGGUUUAUACAAAUUUGAUUAACCUUGAGGUAAUUUUGAACUUUAUGGAUGAUAUGCAUAAGUUUAGGUCAUUGUAUUGUGUUGUGUUAGAUUGAUAGGAUUAGCUAUGAAUUGAUAAUCUUGACAAUUGAUGAAGUUAAUAGCAUGUACCUAAUUGAAAACAAGUAGCAAUGUGUUGAAAAUUAUUCAAUGAAUCUCGUGAGUUACUCAAGGAAUCUAAUCUCCUGGAAAGUGGAUGAAGACUGUUCUUUUUGGGAAGAGUCAUCAAAAUCUAAUAUCUCAAAAGAUGCUAGUUUAGACAAAAAGACCUCCAUUACCCUCAACACACAAUCAAAUGAUCUUGCUGUUGAUUCUACUGUUAUGUCAACACCAGUGUCCCACAUCAGCAACAUAAAUGGAGAACAAUCACAGUUAGAGCUAGAACAGGCUGCUACUAAGGCACAAACAGCUUUCAGGGGAUACUUGGUAAGGUUAAUGCAUAUUACAAGAACAUUGCAGGAAAUAGCAAUUUACUUCACUCCACUUACUAAUAUAGGAGCUUUCAAGCCUUCUUGUAAUAUUUUAGUUACAUUUAAUGAUGUGAAAACUCACAAACAAGUUCCUUUGAAGAAGGAAAAUGGUCAGAUAUCAAUGGUGCCUCUUUUCCAAAGUCAUAAAAGCAUUGCUGGAGUGAUAUCUGUAGACCCAAUGCAAGGGAAGAAGGUCGAACAUAAUGGCAUUAAAAUAGAACUCCUUGGUCAAAUUGGGGCAACUUCUAUGACUUUACCUCUGUUGUUCGUGAACUGGAUGUUCCUGGUGAAAUAUAUGAAAGGAAAACAUUUCCUUUUGAAUUUUCUUCAGUUGAAAUGCCUUAUGAGACAUACAAUGGUGUCAAUUUCUCCAAGGCAGGAAACAUGA